CAUUUCUCUCUCUCUCUCCCCCUCACACACAUCGAACGAACCCGUUUUCAUUUCGCUAGUGAGCGAGUACGAAUACAAAGAGGAAAAAUUCUCUUUCUCUUUCUUUCUCUCUCUCUUACUUACUUGACCUAUCGGUUUUCAAUUAACCGGAACCCUAGCUCGAUCCACCGGCAAAUUAAAGAUUCCGAUGAGCGUACGAUUGGGGAAGACUUGAGGAUCGACCGGCCUGGAUUUCGUCACCGGAUGGAGGGAGGUAGCGUCUCUAGACUUACUUGUUCUGGUAUACACCCAUGGAUUAUGAUGACAAUGAUUUUCAAAGCCAGAAUCUCCAUUUAGCUGGUGAAGGAAGCAACAAAUUUCCUCCUGUUCUAAGGCCGUAUGCUCUUCCAAAAUUUGAUUUUGAUGACAGUCUUCAUGGACCUUUAAGGUUUGAUAGUUUGGUUGAAACUGAGGUUUUUCUUGGUAUUGAAAGUAACGAAGAUAGCCAGUGGAUUGAAGAGUUCUCUCGGGGUAGUAGUGGGAUACAGUUUAGUACAAGUGCAGCAGAGUCUUGCUCAAUUUCGAGGCGUAACAAUGUCUGGUCUGAGGCGACUUCCUCAGAAUCUGUUGAAAUGUUAUUAAAAUCAGUUGGUCAGGAAGAACUUAUUCCUGCACAAACUAAUACUAAGGAGUCAGAUGCCUGUGAUGAGCUGGGUUGCAUAAUAAAGCAAAUGGACCCCAGCUUGAAACAGGAUAGUAAUAUACCAACUAGGGUGGUAGAUGUUACAAAUGUACAACCUACGCCACUGCCAGCUGAAUAUUCAGAGAAUUUCUCUGUGUUAGAUGAUGAUGGCAGUGGGCAGCAGCCUCAAACUGAGGAUGGUUCACAGAUUUAUAAAGAUGAUGAAUCUGUUGCUCAAGGUUCUGGUGACCUCACUGCUAUUAGUGUAGAUGUUGGAUUGCCCAUUGCUGAGGGGAGUCCAUUCAUUGAUGACAAGUGUGAUGACAUUAAUGAAAGGGAAGUUGAUAAUGUUGUUGAUAAAACUUUAGAUAACAGGAAACAAGAAGGUUCUGCUUCAGGGGUACAACUUGAUAGUGCUAUUGCUUCUAUGCAAAACAUCAUUACUGGAAGCAAUGAAUUUAGUAAUGAAGGUUCCUUAAAUAAUGUAAAUGAGAUUGCUCAUGAGAAUAUAGAUGCUUCAGGAAUAGAUGAGAUUGAGCAUAAGGAGAAAGGGAGUGUUUUAAGCCAAGAUGUUCAAAUGCAUACCACAAUUUUGAAUGCGGAAAUGGUUGAAGCGAGUGCUCCUCAUUUUGAAAAUACCAUUUCUAUAGCCUCAGGAAAAUCUGUGGAAGAAACGAGUACAAUUGAAACUAACUUGGGUAACAUGGAGGAACCUUGUAUAAUAUCCAAGGGGGAUUGUGAUCAAUCUGGAAUGGAAGCAGAUAAUGCAUCACUGAUGGUUAUUGAAGAGAAUACUAUAGUUGAAAGGAAUGAAGUUGAGGAGUCUAAUAGGUCUCAUUUGGGUAACGACAACUUAGUGAGCAAGUUGGGUCCAUCUCUUUUAUCUAGUGAAGACAAUAUGGCUUCUGAAGAUAAAGUUGAUGGAAAUUGCAGUAGCCAUGGAGCUGCUAAUUCUAGUUUGCCUGAGGUAUGUGCUUCAGCUGAAUUUAUUAGUGAAACACAUGCCAGGUGUCCUGUUUCAUCGUCCACAAUAGUUGAAUCCACAGAAACAUGCGAAAAAAAUGUAGUCCCCAGGCAGAGUGAUGACAAUUGUGAUAGAUAUGAUCAUGUUAUUGAGCAAAAGGAGAAAGUAGAAUUACCUUCUGAUGGUAGUGACAUGAAUAGAAUCAUAGAUAAAGGGGUUGGAACCUCAUCUCUUGCUCAAGGUAGCACAGGAUCUGAGUUAAUAGUUUUAAAAUCUCAAUCAGAUUCUACUGCUGGAAGUGAAUCAGUGUCCUCUGAAAAAGGCAUUGCUGUAGAUGCAGUUAUUGAUCAUAAAAAUGUUGAAGUUGCACCUUUACCUGCAGUAUUUACUUCUUCAGACAAGGAGGAAGAAAUUGCUACUAAGAUUUCUACAAAAGCAAGUUUCUCUAACUGCAAGGCAUCUUCUCAAGCGACAGCUGGAGUGGAUCCUGUUUCUGAAUCUGAAAAUGCUUCUUCUGGUGCUGCUGUACAGAUGCCAUCCGUGUCAGUUGAUCAUUCUUUGUUAGCAGCAGAUGCUAGUGACACAAAAGUCCAAGUUGAGCCUCAAGAAGUAGUAAUUGAAAAAGUCGACCAGGAGCGCUCCAAGGAUAAAGAAUUGUGUCAACCUCUUGGUGAUUCAACUGCAAACAAGGGAGACAGCACUGAAGCAGUAGUAAAAGUAAACAGUGAAAAGGAGCCUAAAAAUGCUUCAGAAGUAAACAAUGAGAAGCUUGAACCUGAGCCUUCAGCCUUGGAGGAACCUUGCCACAAUACCUGCCAAAAAGGUGAGGAGGAAAACAGUGUCAUGCUAUCUGGAGAUAAGAAUUCUGCGCAAGUUGCUGUUCCAAACACCAAUGUAGUACAUGAGGUUAGUGCUGAUCUUGACAAGCCAAUGGGUGAUUCCCCUAUUGUAAUCAAGACAACUGAGCUUUCUCAUGAUGGAAGUAACAAGGAGGGAAUCAAAAAAUUGCCUGAUCAUAGUGUUUCCGUUUCUGAGGUAACUGAUAGCAGUGCCACCAAGGUGCAGUUUGCUUCUCAGGAACCAAAUCAAAAUGAUGCUUCUAAAGAUGAGAGUAGCUUCACGUUUGAGGUUACUCCACUGGCGAAUUUGCCUCAAAAAGAUGCUCAGAAAUGGCAGCCCUUUUCACAUAUGGGGGCUAGCAAAGCAUCUCCGAUUGUGGAUGAAUCUACUUCAAGCUCUGGGUUAGGCCAAUUAGAUCCCAAGAUAUCUCCAAAUCUUUCUCAUGGAAGUCCGAAGGUUUCUCGGGUAACUACUGGACGUGCUGGUUCUAAAAGUAAUUCUGAGCGUAAAACAAGACGAUCUUCAGGUAAGACGACAGCAAAAGAAACGGGUAAGAAGGCAAACCCUAUUAAAGAAACAUCUUCUAUGAGAUUAGAAAGAGGGGACAAAACAGCUAGUGUUUCCCUUAGCCCAUCUGGCGUUUCACAACUUGUGCAAUCCAGUGAGAUGCAACGCUAUGUGCAUAUCGAUUCCAAUAGUGUGAAACCGUUUGUUCUCGCAACAUCAACUUCUGGCCUGCCGGAUUUAAAUUCUUCAGUUUCUCCGGUUCCAGUGUUUCAGCAACCUUUUACAGACUUACAGCAAGUGCAAUUGCGUGCUCAGAUAUUUGUUUAUGGAGCGUUAAUUCAAGGAACCGCACCUGAUGAAGCAUACAUGAUAUCUGCAUUUGGAGGACCUGAUGGUGGUAAGAGUAUUUGGGAGAAUGCCUGGCGCUCAUGUAUAGAAAGGCUUCAUGGUCAAAGAUCACCUCUGAUAACCCCUGAGACCCCUCUGCAGUCUCGUCCAGGUGCUCGAGCUCCUGAACAAUCAAUCAAACAAAAUUCAGUUCAAAGUAAAGUAGUCUCACCUGCCAGUCGAGGUAGCAACAAGGGUACACCAACAAUUGUGAAUCCUAUUGUACCUUUUUCUUCACCACUUUGGAGUAUGCCUACUCCGGGUGACACUCUGCAAAACAGCAUGCCUAGGGGUCCUGUUAUGGAUUAUCAGCGAGCACUUUCUCCUUUGCAUCCUCAUCAAACUCCAGCUAUCAGGAAUUUUGUUGGGCAUAACCCUUCUUGGCUAUCUCAGGGCCCUUUUGGUGGUCCUUGGGUUGCUUCUCCACAAACUACUACUCUUGAGACGAGUGGUCGUUUCUCUGUGCAAUUGCCUAUCACUGAACCUGUUCAAUUGACACCUGUAAAAGAAUCAUCUCUGCCCCAUUCCUCUGUUGCAAAGCCCACUGGUCCUGUGGCUCAGACUGGAGCCUCUGCUACUGUUUUUGCUGGGACUUCUUCUGCACUUGAUGUGAAAAUGGUUACUGCAUCAUCUGGUCAAACUUCUGCUGAUCCAAAGCCUAGAAAAAUGAAAAAGUCAUCAGUUUCUGAGAAUCAUAGGCAGAAUAUUUUGCCACCUCAACCUCAAGUGGAAUCAGUUAUUUCUUCUGCUGUUAUGAGUCCUAUGACUAGUCCUAUUGCCAUUGCAACUCCUGCCAGCUUUGUUUCUAAAGCCCCUACGGAGAAAUUCAUUACCUCUGUAACUCCUACAUCUGCUGUGGAUCUUAGGAAAGGUGAGCAGAAUGCAGAACCUAGGGCAGUUUUGUCAGAGGAGACCCUUGGUAAGCUAAAGGAGGCUAAGGUGCAGGCAGAGAACGCUGCUGCUCUUGCUGCUUCUGCUGUUAGUCAUAGUGAGGAAAUAUGGAAUCAGUUGGAUAAGCAGAGAAAUUCAGGGUUGUCACUGGAAGAUGAAACCAAACUAGCUUCUGCAGCUGUUGCAAUAGCAGCUGCGGCUGCUGUUGCUAAGGCGGCAGCUGCAGCUGCCAAGGUUGCAUCAAAUGCUGCAUUGCAGGCAAAACUGAUGGCUGAAGAAGUAGUUUCUAUUGGUAAUCAGAAUCCUUGUGAAGUCAACGUUAUUUCUGUUUCUGAUGGAAUGAAAAAUUUGGGCAAGGCUACUCCUGCAUCCAUCUUGAAGGGUGAUGAUGGAACAAACAGUUCCAGUUCAAUCCUUGUUGCUGCAAGAGAGGCAGCUAGAAGGAGGGUUGAAGCUGCUUCGGCUGCAUCAAAACAAGCUGAAAAUAUGGAUGCCAUUGUAAAAGCUGCUGAGCUGGCUGCUGAAGCUGUCUCUCAAGCGGGGAAAAUAGUAGCUAUGGGCGACCCUUUGUCGUUGAGUGAACUAGUAGCAGCUGGUCCAGGGGGUUAUUGGAAAGUAUCACAAGUAACUUCUGAGCUGGUUUCAAAAUCAAAUCAGAUUGGUGGAGAAAAUGUAAAUGUGGACUGUCGUGGAGAUCCAGAUACUUCUGCCAGGCAGUUAAAAGAGGUUCUAUCUGAUAAGAAAGAGAAUCAGGUCUCUAACGUUGGGAAGUCACCUACUUCUACAGAGAUAAUUGGUGAGGACCUUGGGAGAUUGGUGGAGGGCUUGUCAGGUUCUGGUGCAACCACGAUAAAAGAUGGUAAAGCGCAAAAAGGUCGCAAGGCAUCUGAUUUGGCUAAAACCAUUGGGGUGGUUCCUGAAUCUGAGAAUGGAUCCAGAUCAAAUGUUCAGAAUGAGCAUGGAAAUCAAGAAUUUUUGAAAGAGAAUAGCAUUAAGGAGGAUUCCUGUGUUGAGGUUUUCAAGGAUGGGAGUGGAUUUAAAGCCGCCUGGUUUUUAGCUGAUGUUUUGAGUCUAAAAGAUGGGAAGGCUUAUGUGCGCUACAGUGACCUUACAUCAAGUGAAGGCUCAGGAAAGCUAGAGGAGUGGGUGCCACUUGAAGGUGAAGGAGAUGAGGCACCCAAAAUACGUAUUGCCCGUCCUAAGACUGCCAUGCUAUUUGAAGGAAAGAGGAAGAGGAGGAGAGCUGCAAUAGGGGACCAUAAUUGGUCUGUUGGUGAUAGAGUUGAUGCAUGGAGAAAAGAAAGCUGGUGGGAGGGAGUUAUAACUGAAAUGAACAAGAAAGAUGAGGCUGUAACUGUCAAUUUUCCUGCUCAAGGAGAAACUUCAGUACUUAAAUCGUGGGAUCUUCGGCCUUCUCUCAUAUGGAAAGAUGGUGAAUGGAUUGAAUGCUCCAGUGCAGGAGAGAACAGACGAUCACCUCAUGGGGGUGAAACUCCUCAAGAGAAGCGACAACGGGUGCGAAGCCCUGCAGUGGAGGCCAAGGGAAAGGAUAAGGCUUCAAAAAGUAUGGAUGUGAUGGAAUCUGAUAAAUCUGAUGAUCCAACAUUAUUAGAUUUAUCUGUUGAUGGAAAACUAUUCAAUGUUGGCAAGAGUACUAAAGAUGAUAAUAGGCCUAAUGUGCUGAGAAUGACAAGGACUGGGUUGCAGAAGGAAGGAUCGAGAGUGAUUUUUGGUGUGCCCAAGCCUGGAAAGAAAAGGAAAUUUAUGGAAGUUAGCAAGCAUUAUGUUGCAGAUGGGAGCAGUCAAAUGAAUGAAGCAAAUGAGUCGGUCAAAUUCACAAAAUAUUUGAUGCCUCAAGGAGGCGGACCCCGAGGAUGGAAAAGUACUGCAAAAACUGAAUCAACUGAUAAACGAGCAGCCUUGUCCAAGCCCAAAGUGCUGAAGUCUGGAAAACCACAAAAUGUUUCCAGUAGAACAAUUCUUCAGAAGGACAACCUAUCAACCUCUGCAGUUUCUGCUCCUGAUGAUAGUGCUAGUACAGAUCAUAGCACAAAGACCAAGGAUUCUGUAAACCGUGUUGAGAACACUUUGGAAAAGCAGAACCCGAUGGGCUUUCAAUCAUUUUCUAGCUCUGAUGGGGCUGCAGAGGGUCCAAUCUUAUUUUCUGCGCUUCCUCUUCCAUCUGAUACUGUUUCUUCUAAGAAAAUGUCUAAUUUAAAUGCUAAAGCUGAGCUUAUAAGCAAAGGAAAACUUGCCUCUGCUGGUGGAAGGUUGAAUAAAAUUGAGGAGGGCAAGACUUGGAAUGGUAAUUCUGCAAAAUCAACCUCUGAUCCUGUUGAGCCUCGUAGGUCUAAUCGCAGAAUUCAGCCGACAUCAAGGCUAUUAGAAGGGCUGCAAAGCUCACUGAUGGUUUCAAAAAUUCCAUCCGUGGCACAUGACAAAAGCCAUAAAAGUAGAACCGCUUCUAAAAGCAGGGAAUAACCAUGGGUAAAAAGAGAUCCCAGGAAAAUGUUGGAUCCAUUACAAAGAAGCUUGAUGGUCAGUGGAACACACUCAAAAGUAGUUUGUGUAUAUUUAUAAUAGGGGAGAUAGCUAGGAAUGGAAAUUCUUGCUUCCUUGGGUUUUAAUUAUGAAAUGUAGUUGGUAGAUGUUCAUAUCAAUUUUAGUGUAUUCACAAAUUAUGAUUUAAUCUUCCUAGGCAUUUUGCCUUAAUAGGUUGUAUAUGGAAAUUGUCCAUGUAGUUUGGGUUGAAAUUUCAGGAAGCUUUUGCAGAUGAGAUUAUCACCCUUUUAUAUUUUUCUUUUAGAUGGUCAUUUUUCUAAUCAAUAAGCACACUUUUGUUGUCUACCGGUUCAGACUAAAA